UCUCAUCAGAAAUGGCCGUUCCAUUUACUCUUCUCUGUCUUCCUUCCAAACCACUGCACAAUAUUCUAAUGGAAUUUGAGUUUGCUCAAAUACUUCCCUUCUCACUGACAUCCGCUAAGUCGAAGAAUCUUGUCAAGUCGCUCAAACUUAUUAAUGACAAUUCAACACUGAAAGUGUCAAUCGGAGAUUCAAUCAAAAUAUCGGCUUGUGAGAGAAUGGUGAUUGGAAAUGGAUCAGUUCGAAUGAGCCAUUAUCGCUCGGGAAUCCAACACAUUUAUACUUGGAAAAGUGCGAAUUUGAGUGAAAGAGAUCUAAUCGAUCAUAUUAUGGAUAUAACCGAAAACUCGGAAAUCAAGGAGCUCUACUUCAAAAGUGAUUACCAUAACGUUAUAUUUUUGCACAAUUGCUUCAAGGGACUGAAAAUCGGAAAACUCAGGUCUGGUGUGAACUCUGAAUCGUUUCAAGCUUUCCAAAAGUUAAUUCCAAGCGAUAAAUUGGAUAUUGAAAAGGACACCGGAGACCACGAAAUGUCUGGAAUUUUGUGUCAGAACCUAAAUCAAUUAGUUAUAUGGACUGAAAGAUCUGUGAGCUUAGAUGACCUAUUUCUCAACAAUGCGCUGGCUGUGAAAAUUAACAGUGCUCAGUUCGACUACAAGGAUCUUAACUUGUUUUUGAAGAGCUGGAUUAGUGGAUCAAACCCAAGACUUGAGUACUUAACCUUGCAUUUUUCCACGAGGCACUUGGAAUAUAAUACCAUGGAAUAUGUGCUCGGAGGAAUUGAUUUUCAAAAAAAGGAUUACUGCGAUUUCAGCCAUGAUCUCAGAAGCUGGGCUUGUGCUCCUACUGAUUGUGGUGUAUGACAUUCAAAGAAUCGAUGGAACCAAGGCGACCAUCUGCAUUUCCGAUUGGCCGGAUUUGGAUUUCAAUUGCUUCGAAUUGAUUGUUUGAAAUGGAAGUGUUUUGUCACAUUUUCUUACUGAUACAUUUCGAAACUACGAAAUCUACGAAUAACCUAUGAAAGUCUAGUUACACUAUCUGCAACCCAGAAAACGACUCACCAACCCUCUCAGCUUCUCCAACCAUCAGCCAUUUCAAUUGCUGAACCUUCAUUUUUUUCCGAAACUACAGUAAUUCAACAGUAGAAUACCUUGUCAUUUUUAUCCCACCAACCCCCAUCUAAAAGUUCUGUUGCAUUUAAUAUCUGAUAAAAUUUGAACUUUAAUAUCAAUUAACAAAAAAAAAUACAGAAAAAAUC